AUGCCUGGACGACUGGCUGCAACUACUCUAUGCCAUAAAGACUGUGUAGUUUCAAGGAAGCAAUUUUUCAUGACCUUACGUUCUUCGAGGAAACUUGUGAGGCCAAGCGAAGUCGAACUAUUUGCAUUCACGUUCACCUAUGAUGAAUUGAGGAAAUCCACUCGACAGGUCUUGUUACUGUUAGGAAAGUCUGCUGUUGUAACGAGGAUAGCCAAAUACUUUGAGGAAUUGGCACAUGAAUAUCUCAAACUCGGCAUCAGUGGGCGCCAUUGA